AUGCUCUGUGUCGGGCACGCGGCUUCAACGUGUUCUCCUCGCAUCUCCUGCAGCGAACCGCGAGAUCUGGAUAAAGAUGGGGGACGAUACGACGCGUCCAACAACCAGAGCCAGCGACCAGCCCGACAUAUGAUGCGUCUAAACAGCUCCGGCCAAUCCGACCUCUCCUCCGUCCGUCCCUCCCACUCCCGCGUCCGCCCGGGCCGCGCCACCACCGUCGCGAGCAGCGUGCCCCUCCGCGACGACUUUGACGCCUACACCUACGCCUCCGGCCCCGACCCCGACGAGGUCUACGACGACCAGCGCCGCCGCUUCGUCUCCUACCACCGCGCCGAGAUGGGCAACAUGCUCGGCGACGGCGAGAGCGCGCUGUCUCACGCCGACGGCGUCGAGAUGGAGGUGAGAAUUGGCGACGAGGGCACGAUGGAGUGCGUCGGGCGGCGGUACACCGCUACGACGGGCGCGGGGAGCAGGAGGGCCGAGGGCAGCCGGCAGCUGCGCGAGCAGCGCUACAAGCUCGUCGAGCGCAAGAUCCUCGAGGACGGCCCGGAGCGCACCGUCUCCGUCUGGCGCGAGGAGGUCGCCAAGAGCGAUUGCGACCACGACGACGACGACGAGAGGGAGUUGGGCAGGGAAGAGGAGGUGCAGGAGGAGAGGCCGCUGAGCGACGUCGACAGCCACGCGCACCGCAGGCUCGAGCUGCACCGCGGGCUCGGGCUGCCAUACGGGGCCCUGCGCCCCGCGAACACCGGCAGCACCGGGCGGAUGCGCUCGCCGUCCGGCGGGAGCCAGUCCGCGCCCUGGGAGCGCGCAAAGAUGCAGUCCCCGCACCGCACGGGCGCGUCGUGCACCACGCUCCCCUCGCCGCCGCCCUCCGACCCGCCCUCGCACUCCACCGGGCGCCCGCGCACCGCCUCCCGCCCGCGCUCGCGCACGCCGUCCUACGAGCUGCACCCGCCGCGCGCGCACUCGCCCUUCCGUCCGCCCACCAUCCCCGCCCACACUCCCCAUCCCAAUAACCCUUCCCACCUAUCCCACCCCACUAUCCCCUCGCACACGUCCCACAUGCACGCCCAACACCCCCCUUCCUCCUCGCCCCCGCCCGCACUCACCCUCCCCGCCCUCCUCUCGACCCCCACCCCCCCGCUCACGCACCUCCUCCCGACGCUCGCGCGCCUCGGCAUCACCGCGCCCGCGCACCUCGCCGCGCUCGCGCGCAUGGGCGAGGACGUGCGGGAUAGGGAGGUGCGGGGCGUCGCGCUCGCGGAGGGCGUGAGCGUGUUUGAGUGGGCGUGUUUGGUGGAUCUGGGGCGGGGGGUGGAGGUGUAG